CGCUACCAAGCUUCAUCUUCCGCCGCUAAAAAAGCAACCAAGCCAAAAAUAAUUCAAACAACGAUAGAAUAGCAAGCAACCUAACAAACCACCACCAAGCAAGCUUCCUCUACUUAUAACGCGCGCAGACGCCCCUUCACACCCAAUGGGCCCAAAAAAAACCCGUACCACCACCACCACAACAACCACAACAAAAAAGCGUAAAACACCCCCAUCUAACUCCACAGCGCGAAAGCGUGCCAGGACCUACGAUGCCCGCACCCUCGCGGUCCAGAGCUCCGACGCCGCGCUCUCCAAGACCGGCGAGCUCGAUGUGUCCGCUUUCGUAGCAGCGCGGGAAUUUGAGAUCCGUGCGCUGGAGGCGGGUAUCCGCAAUUCGAAAGCUGCGUUGGCGUCGCGGGCGUUUCAGCAGGUUCCGCGGAACUUGAGGCGGCGGACGGCGAGUCAUAAUGUGAAGAGGGUGCCGAGUCGGUUGAGGGCGAGGGCGAGGAGGGAGAUGAUUGAGGAUAAUACGCCCACUGUCACAGCGCGUCGUCGCAAGCCUACGAAGCUCCUACGCUUACGGUUAGAGACUGCUAGACGCCUGCAGAACCUCAAUGCCCGCUCCAAGGCUAGACGAGCGUUGAAAAAAGCUGCGGUGUCCGCACAAGCUCCCGCCAUUGCGAUGGAGGUGGAGGGGGAUGCUGGUGCAGAGGGCGCGAAAACUAAGCCCCCCCACGACAUCAACAUAGCACCCCGAGUACCCAAAAUUAAGAAAAACAGACUCUCCCACCCCGAAAGACCGCAGUCGAAGUUCAAAAAGCGCCAGCGGUGCAAAACUUGGUUACCCACGCACAUGUUCCAUGCGAAGAGAGCGCACAUGACGAGUCCCAAGGAGCCGCUGUGGCGGUUUGCGGUGCCAUUGAGUCCCACGGAGAAGAGUUAUAGACCUACGCAUCGGGCUAGUGGAGCGAGAGGUGCGGUUGCGUGGGAUAUGAGUUAUAUCUCGACGAUUGGGUUGGAGGGGGUCGAGGGAAGCUUGGAAGGGUUGUUCAGGGCGUUGGGUGUUGGUGGGGAGGAGGCGUGGGGGAAUAAAGGGAGAAAGUGGAGGGCUGGGACGAGGAGUUUGGAAGUUUGGCUGUUUGAGAGGGACGGGGAGGGAGGGGGAGGAGGAGGGAAAAGACCAAUUGCGCCUGUUACGCUCAUUUGGUGUGUGGAGAAGACGGAUGGGGAUGGUAAUAUCGAGAUGGUUGAUGCCGGGAGGAAGGCGAAGAAGCCUAGGCGGAAGAUGUUUUUAAGAGUUCACCCAUCAGCCUUCUUGCAGGUGUGGGAGGAGCUGUUGAAAGCCGCAAAACUGCAAAGCCAGCAGGUUAUGGUUGAGGAUCUUAGAUUUGAUAUUGGAAGUAUUGAGAUUACUGGACCUGGUGCUACGGAGACUUUGCUCGCUGCUCUCCAGCCCAUACCUCUAUCUGACGGGAAGAAAUGGCCCGAGGGCUCACCUGAAGCGACAUGGGCUUCCCUUGCGGGGCUCACGAAUGCAGCAUCGCUUCCGCAGAAUGCUCUCUUGGCUUUCAAUAUAUCCGACCCUCGUCUACGACACCCCCCUCUAACCGUUAAACCCCCCACUUCAGAGUCCUAUCUGAGUGAACUCGCAGUUCUCCUCUCGACAUGGAAUCCUGACUCUACACAACUUAAACCGGACAUAUUUUCCCGCCCCGCACGAUUAACAGCCUCCCGCCUUCUACCUAGCCAAAAGGCCAUUAACCGUCGGAAAUCCCUGGCUAAUCCAGGCGAGUAUCCCUCACCUAAACCCUCAGAUCCGGAUAUCCCUGUUCUAGUCAUCGCAUCACGGCCGAAAUCUAUAUCCAAGGGAGGAAACUCCCAGGGUACCUACACGGUUCUUUUGCCAUGGAAAUGUGUUGUCCCAGUCUGGUAUUCGAUCAUGUACUACCCUCUGUCUUCUGGCGGGAAUCCUCGCUUCGGUGGCCUGCUGGAACAACAGCAACUUGCAUUUGAAUGUGGGGAGCCUUGGUUUCCAGGCGACUACCCAGGGACCAACGCUGGAUGGGCGUGGGAGAUGCGCGAGAGGGAGAUUCGACGGGGGGAAUGGGAGCGUAAACCGAAGCAGAAACGUGUUGCUUACGAUAGUAUUGAUCUGGGAGGGGGGAAGAAGGGGGAGAUCGGACAGGGUUGGUCCUGUGACUGGGAACGACUUGUUCGGCCUAUUACCCCUAAAUCGGAGGAAGUAAAGGCAAAAACUGAGGCUACCGCUACCGUCAGUGAAACGGAGGAGCAAACCCAGGAGGCAGAAAAGCAGGAAACAGGCGUUUGUGACGGAGAGGCGAAAGGUAAACAGCGGAAGCAUAAAUCCACUUCAUCAUCCACCGCUUGUACAUAUGUACAUACCAAACCGCCUCCUCCGCCUCUACACAUCCACCAGCUCCCACACCCUACCGCCUCUACCAUCCUCAGGAUAAAAACAACCAAAAAGCCCACGGCCAAACUCCCCACUCCCUUCCAAUCCCUCCUCACCCACCCCGCCCUCGCCACUGUGAGCCUCACCCUCCUCAACCGCGGCACCCCAACCCCGCGAGCCCGCCUCUACCGUCUCCCAACCACAAACCCCUCCCUACGCAACGAAUGGCUAGCCCUCCUCGGCCCCUCGGCACCAACACCCAGCAGCCAGAAACAAAGCAAGAAACAGAAGCAGAAGCCGCAGGCAGCGGCAGCGCUGGCACAAGACAGCAGCAGACAACUCCCCACCAAUCUCUCCGCCGAUCCUGAGCCGGCAGCCCACCUGCCCAUGCCGGGUGAGGAGGAUUUGAUUGGCUUUGUGACGACGGGGAAUUAUAAUUUAGCGGCGGGGAGGGGGACGGGAGUCGCGUCUAUUUUGGUUGAGAGGGUGGGGGUGUAUGAUGGUUCUGACGUUGAGAAACUAGGCGGCUCUUCUUCUGAGGAGAGUGGUGGUAGUGGUGAUGGUGAUGGGAUUGCGCGAGCUAAGGGGAAUGGGAAGGGUGGUGGUUUUUCCCAGGAGUAUUUGGCUCGGGUGUGUAUUAUCAGGUCUGCGGGGGAGAGGGUUGGGAGAUUAGGUGUGUGGGAGGUUGUGUGAGCUGACUGACCUACAGGAGCUAUGUUUGUAAGGCUGAUUUACUAUGGAAUGAAUUAGGGCAUCUAAAGGAGGCAGCUACUUACUGCUAGAUUGCAAAAUGGGACCACUUACAUACAAAACCUAUUCGGUUCUCACAUGAUGAAUACGGUUUAUAAUUUUCACUCCAUGAAGAGACUGCAAAAGCACACGAAAUAUGUAAUUUUUCUAACCCUCCCUUGCUGAACACGAAACAAAACAUGGAGCGGAAAAAAGCAGCAAUCAAAACAUUAUGUAUGUAUACAUUUGAGAGUGAAAAAAAAAUAACCAUCUUCCCAUCUAUAGAAAAAUGCCCCCACCCGUACCAACAUAAUCACCACCACGGUUAGUUAUCAAUGAUAACUACCAACAUCCAGCCACAAAAUACCACCUACCUACCCAACAAUUUUCUCCACCCACAGCCUCUCCAACCGCCCAACCUCCCUCUUAAACCCCUCAACCUCCCUCCAGCAAUCCAACGGCCUCUUCUCAUUGCCCCUCAAACACCUCACAACUGCAUCCCGCGCCUUCUCCACCCCCUCAUCCAGGUCCCGCACUUUCCGCCUCUCCGCCAACUUGGCGCUCAGCGCCGAGAUCUCCUGCUGCACCUGCGCGCUGCUCAGCUCGUGUAUCGGUGUGCCGUUGGCGGUGGUAGCUGUGGAUUGUGCGGAGGAUUGCGGGGAGAGCUCAGCGGCGGGGCCGGGGCCGGCGAAGGGAACGCGCGGGGCGUCGAGAGACAGAGAGGGUUCCUGGGAGCUGGAGGUUUCGACGGCGGAUUGCUUUUGGGAUGCAGGGGUGGAUUGGUCUGCGAUGCGCUUUUCGAGGUCGGCGAGGGUUUGUGUUUCGCGGGCGCGGAUGCGUUCGAGUUCUGCGGCGAUGCGGUUCUGGAUGUGGAGUUCUAUUGUUUGGGCACGGGAGGAGUCGGUCUAUAGGGUUAUUGCUUUGAAUUAGUAUUGGUUGUCCAGACGUUUGGACUUUUGCAGGUAUUCAGGGAAGCGGAGUGAGAUCUCCCGGGUAGAGGGGGAAAUAGAUUGUUAUCAAAGC